AUGCUAUCUCUACCAAGUCUCGCUCCACAAGAUUCCUACACUCUCUGGUACACCUCCAACAACUCACCCAAUUCCACCCAACACACCGAGCCCAACCCUGAUCACUUCGGACCCAACACCCAAGGCCAGAACGGCCAACCCAAUCCUCAUCGUCGCAAUCAUGGCUUGCAUAGACACCCUCUCGCUCGGUUGCGCCAGGACGAAGAAUACAUCGAGCGGCGCAAACAGAACAUCCAGAACUAUGGCAAUUCAUGGAUCAAGCCCCCGGGCAUCCCUAAAUCGCUGCACCAGCUCCGCGAAGAGAAGCGGGAGAUGGAAGAACAUCAAGAGGCGUUGAGACGAGAGCAAUUGGCGCAAGAGUUGGCGGAGGCUGAGGCGAGUGCUGCGGAGGGAUUACUGCAAGGGGAGGGCAUGGAUGGGGAAAUGGAUGAAGCGAGGGAUCUGGAUGAUGAUGUUCCGGAAGCUGAUACGACUGCACUCACUUAUGAUGAUGCUGAUGAGACCGAUGAGGAUGAAGAUAUUGAUAAUGAAAUUGAGGAUGUUCCUCGUGGGGUUUUGGCCUCUAGGAUGCCUGACGAUGUCUACAGAGAGGCACUUAUACGUGGAGAAGCAGCCGGGGAUCCCCAAUUCGGCGGAGAUGGUGAUUCAACCAUUGAUGGAGAAGACGGCUCGCAGAUGUUACAAGAGGAAGACUUAGUCCACGAUGAUAGUCAUCUGAAUCACGAUGAGGAUAUGGGUAUGGAUGCGGAUCUUGAUGCAGAUAUUCCAGAAGCAGACGAGGGCUAUGAACAUACCGACACGGAAGAUGAACUGAGCAGUAGUGAAGAGGAGGAUGAAAGUGUUGAUGAGGGAAAUCUACCUCAAGCGCGAUAUCCAGCAGCGUCGAGUCUGGUGAGAAGUGAUGGAACUCAGAACAGUAUGGAUUUAAGCAGCGUGCUGUCGAAUGGUAGUAGCCAAGUCGGAAGUAGUCCCCAGCAAAGACGAUUUGGGCGAUAG